AUGGCAUCCAUCAACAAUGUGCCUCGUGAUAUACAAGAUAGCAUACGUGAAAUUCUUGGGAAGAGGGUCAAGUUGUUCAUUAAGCGUAUGGUUAAGCAAGAGACAAAACCUGAGAAAUGGGAACAAAGAGUAUUGGUUUUCUCAGGAUGUCGACUAUUUGUAUUCAUUCCAAAAACACCAGCAAGGCUGGAGAAUAACUUUAAUUAUCUUGACAUUCAAGCAAUAGAAAGUAAAAAACAGAACCAGUUAGCUCUAACAGUAGAUGGAAAAACAUACAACUUUGUGACACUGGAUGUGGAGACAGAGGAGGUCAAUCACAUGAUCACACACUUGGCAGUAUCUCUAUGUCACAUCUUCCCCGACUUCACCAUAGAGAGAUUGAUUAAGAAAAUAGAUGUGUGCCCACCAGAACGGACAAAGAUGAUGACAGACAUGACUAAAAACAUCUCUAAGGAAACAGGACCAUGUGGUGGAUUUACCAUGAUGUAUGCUUGUAUGUGUGACUACCACAGCCUGCCCUUUAGGGCAGAGGUUGAAUGGGAUAUUGAUACAAUAUACCUUUCACAAGACUCAAGAGAACUCUGCCUUCGUGACUUCGAUCACUUAGAACCAAAAGAUCUUGUGCCUAUCAUAGGAGCCUUAGAACACAACACAUGGUUUACCAAGCUUGAUGCCAACGAUGUCAAACUGACAUUGGAAGCCCAGUUAGAAGUGUUCAAGGUGAUGAGAAGGAAUGCUGUGAUAAACGAAUUAUGUCUAAGUAACUCAGGGAUAAACACAGAUUUUGUUCAGAAGCUUUCAACAGCUCUCCUGUCCAACAGUUCUACAGCACUACAUAGUAUAGACCUGUCAAAAAACACACUCGAUGACAAAGCCAUCAUCCACCUGAUCGGAACCCUGGGGAGUUUGUGUCGAGGUUUGAUACGGUUUGACAUCAGCCAUGCCAAGAUCACUGGAAGGGGUCUAAACAAGGUAGCAGAGACCCUCACACAUAACAUGGUAGUAGUGGGAAAACUUCAAAACUUAAGCCUCGCUGAUAAUCCAGCCAAGGGGGAGGAUCUUCAGAAGCUGUACCACUUUCUCGCCAACCCAAAUACCGUCACACACUUGGACCUGUCUGGUAUAGACUGUGCCUUGGAAAAUCUGUGUGGGCCGUUACUACGAGGCAGUUUAGCUACUCUCACACAUCUUACCUUGGCAAGGAACACUUUCUCUCACAAGAAAGUCAAAGAUGUAACACCGCCAUCAUCCUGGAAACAGUUUUUUGCCAGUGUGUAUGAUCUACAACAUCUGGAUCUAUCUGGCUGUAAACUUUUUAGUGAACCACUCAGAGAGCUGUUGCUAGGAUUAGCCAGUAACAUACAUCUGAGUGGUGUACACCUCGACCUCAGCAGUAACGACCUCAUGUCCCAGGGGGCCACGGUGCUUGAGAGCUGCCUCAGCAACAUCAAAUGUCUCAAAAGUCUUGACCUCAGUAAUAACGGUAUUGACCAAAGCCUCAUCAGCCUGCUCAACUGGAUCAGAAACAACCGAGGAAUAAAACACCUGGCUAUCGGCCGUAACUUCGACCACAUCAAACCAAGAAAUUUACCAAAUGUCCUUGAUGCCAUUGUACAGCUGAUUCAAGAUGAAGAUUAUCAUCUGGAGUCUCUGUCAUUGGCGGAUUCCAAGUUGAAGAGUCAUAUAUCAACUAUACUCAACUCACUUGGUAGUAACCUUUCUCUGUUGGAAAUUGACAUCAGUGGAAACCAUAUGGGAGACUUUGGAGCGAGGAUGCUUUCCAAGGCUUUACAGAUCAACACUAAGCUGCGGACUAUUCUGUGGGACAAGAAUUCCACAACUGUUCUAGGGUUUGAGGACAUCGCUGGAGCCUUAGAAAAGAACUACACACUGAAGAAGAUGCCCACCCCUAUCAACGAUGCUGGAUCUGCUCUGAAACAACAUCCAGAGAGGACAGAAGCCUCUCUACAGAAGAUUGAGAUGUUACUACAGCGAAACCAUAGUCCACAGAAAUAUUCAUCUGACCAGGGCUUUAGGAUGCAACAGGGAUUUCUGGUCAGCUCUACCCAACAGACAAUGGACAGAUUGGUAGUCCAGAACCAGGACACUGUGAAUGCUCUUGACCACGGAAACACAGAAGACUUCCAGUCUGACAUAAAUGUGGCCAACAGUCUUAUAAAGGAUGCAGGCAACUCCAAACAGUUGCUACCACAGCUACAAGUGAUUGCCAACAAGUCACUGUCAACAGGCAACCCUGUGGAAGCAUGUCUUAAAGAGAUGUCGGACACACUGAGACAGGUGUUGGAGAAACAUAUGAAGAAAACAGUUGAAGACAUGUUAGAAUGUACUAGUAACCAGUGUGCUUCUGUGAUGGCUGAUAAGGAAGUGCAGUCUGACUUGGAGACAAAUUGUGGAGAAAAAAGUUCCUUUCCUAAAGAUUUCACCAAACAUAUCCUAGACAGUGUAGAAACAGAGAUAUUUAAUAAACUAAGCGAGCUGAAUUUAGUGGUAGCUACCCACAUCUCUGACAAAGUCAUGGAUGAAGUUAUAGACAGCCUGACAUCGAGUCACAAAACUCUGACAAACCAUCUGAAUGUGAUGAAGAGCAGUACAUCGAUGAAAAGUCAGCGUGAAUCUAAGAAAGAAGAGAUGGAAAGCAAGGAGGAGAAAGCAGAUGAAGGCAAAGAGAAACCAGACACUGAUAGUCAAGAAAAAAUCUCGCUCAAGGUCGACUCCUCACCAAUGGAUUCACCGAUGAUCGACAGAAGAGAGAGCAAAAUUAAACGAAUGAUUAGACCUCCAACUGUUAUAGAUGCUGAGCAGGUACAAAAAGCUUUACAAAUGCACAACCGAAAAUUGGAAAGCACUGCUGAAAAUUCUCCUCCCAAAGGUGACCCUGUUGACCCUAUACAAACAACCCCAAAGGUCACGCCAGUCACAACCCCUCAGACCACACCCACAUUGACUCGCCCCUCCCCAGAAUCCACCCCUACUUCACAAGAUCCUGUUCCCAAGCCUCGGAUCAAGAGAAGGUCUGUGCUGUUAUCAGUCUCAGGAAAGUCUGAGAGUCAAAGUCAGGGGGUUGCCAAGCAACAGAAUGAGAGUCAGAGGGUUACCAAGCCUCUGGCCAACCCUCUAAUCACAGUGGGAUCUACAGAAGACCUUGCCAAUAACAUUCAGCUAAGCAAGACUGAAGCCAUUGCUGAAGAGCCGUCCAGCUCCAUGACAUCUUCUGUCACAUCAGACACCAUUGAUCUGGAUAACCUUGGGGAGACUGGUCCGAAGCUGUUUAAUCCAAAUAAGGGCCGCGCCAAGAGACAAAAGAACCACCAGUCACGACGACCAGGCGCUUCGACAAAGUUAGCCACAAAUGAACCACUCCAAGCAGAUGAAGGUCUUGACACAUUCUUCAACAGACAGACAGUAAGGGAGCACACUGUUACAGCUCAAGCUACAGAGGUCCCAAGCACCCAGUUAAGCAAGUCCAUAUCAGAUGCGAAAAUCAAAAAAGAUAAGAAUCCGAAGGAGAAAGAAAAGGAGCCAGAAAAGAAAAAAGGAUUUGCAGGUUUUUUCAAAAAAAAGAAAACAUCUACUGAUGAAUCUGCUAAAGCAGAUAAAUCUCCAGAUCGGGGUAAGAAAAAAGGAUCCUCACCAGAACGAUCAGGUUCAUCUAGCAAGGGUGGAGGACUGUUUGACAGGAACUCCAAAGUGAGAUUGUCCCCUUUCAAGAAUAAAAAGGAUAAAAAGGGAGACAAAUCUCCAGAAAGGAAUGGAAAGGAGGAGAGUAAAGCAGAGAAGGCAACAGAAGCUGAGAAAAAGCCUGCUGAGACAGUGAAGGAGGUGGCAAGGGAACCAACACCUGAACCACAGGUCAAACAUGAACCUUCUCCUGAACUUCAGACUGAACCCAAGGCUGAACCAAAGCCAGACCCUGAACCAGAGGAGCCAAGGCAGCCUAAACAAGCCUUGAAACCCAAGUAUGGCUUAGGAAGAGGCAAACCUAUGGGAUUCGGGGAGAGCAUGAUGCAACAGAUGCUGCAGACCAAACGAUUCUCUGGGAAUAUUUUGGAUGAAGAUGAUUCUCCAACAGCCACGUCGCCAGGGGCAGGAUCUACAGCUAGUUCCCCUUCACCUCAACCCAAUGGAUCUUCAAGGCCUCCAUCAAUAGCAUCAAAACCCAAACCUGCACCACGUAAUCGUCGCUCAGAUGUAGAGGAAGUGGUAGGGAAUGCCGGAACAGGAGACAGAAAGUCUGGAGACGUGAAGAAACCUCCACCUCCGCUGUUGAAGCCACGCCCACCAAAACCUCCAAACAAACCGGGCAGCUCACCACGCACCAGUUCCAAUCAGAGCUCUACCAGUGAUGAGUCCUUUGAUGGUGAGAAGUCAGCAGAUGGUAAGAAGACGGAGGAAGGUGUAGUAGUGGACUCAAAGACCUUACGGCUGUCUGUGGAAGACAAAAUAAAGAAAAUGGGGCUGGAC